AGGGAAAUGUAGUUAACAGUGACAUUGAGCAGACAGCUUACAUAUAACCAGUUUUGACAGAGCUGCUGAUAAAAGUUAAAUGAUCAGCAUCGAUUGAUGAGAUGAAAAUUGGAGAUUGGUGUCGGAUGUUAAAAUCCUGAUUGGAGCAUCCCUAAUAUUCAAGUUGACUGUUUCAAAAACUAAUGAUGAUGAUUAGUGGGAUGAGAUCCUGUCACAAAAUGGACAAAAACAGGUACACAGUGGAUGGUAACAUUUGGAUAUGAAGAAGACUUUGUUUCACUGUUUAUAUAUUUAUUUGUUUGUGGUUGAACUGAAAAAAAGUCUCAGUUUGGUUCUUUUUAAGAGGGUUCAAGUGUGAAAACCCCAGCAGCCUUUUUGCAGUUGAACAUGUGGUCUGAGUGGUUGAGACCAGUCCGCACCGCACCUGCUCUGCCCUCGUGAUGCUAAAGAAAUAGUUUACCAGAAAUUUGUAUUCAUUGUCAUUCAAUGUCAUAUACUCACUGUCAUGUUGCUCCAAACCUGUGUGACCUACUUUCUAGAUUUUUGGCAGAUUGUAAGCCUCAUUCCAGUGUUUACCAUAGUUGCAUUUUGUCGCGGCGCUGCGCCACUGCUGAAUUAUUAGCACCGCUCGUGGGAUUUUACAUGGUUCAUUUAAUAUUCUUGACUCAAUGUACCGGGAGCCAGCUGGUAGAGAGCUGUGCAGUGUGUAAACCUCACUCUCCUGACCUCAAGAGGUGCACUAGCAACUGAUUCUAGAGGCUGUAGCCUUUAGCCUCCUUGUUAGAGUACCCGCCUCCCACGCCGGUUCGAGUCCCAUUCGGAGCGGGGCAAUUAGGACUGGUUACAAUGGUGCCGUGACCCGGAUGGGAGUGAGGUUUAGGGGGGGUGAGUGUAAUGGGAGCCAGCUGGUAGAGAGCUGUGCAGUGUGUAAACCUCACUCUCCUGACCUCAAGAGGUGCACUAGCGACUGAUUCUAGGGGCUGUAGCCUUUAGCCUCCUUGAUAGAGCACGCGCCUCCCACGCCGGUUCGAGUCCCGUUCGGAGCGGGGCAAUUAGGACUGGUUACAUCAACAUAAUGCUUGCCAGCCCCAGUAAGCUGUGCGCUGUCUACACUGCAAAAGGGACCCUACCACACACCAAUACACUUACAGUGACGUCACUCGCUUCAUUUGAAGUGGCCCGCAAAUUUCCGAAUUUCUGAAAAGCAGGAUGGCAGGGGAUCGCAACGUUUCACUGAACAAUCCGUUAGAGCUUUGCUCGUGAAUAUAAAUUAGCCUGUUCCUGCCAUCUGUAUGUUUUGGAGCACAUUUUGCUCUCUUCAAAAGUGGAAUGAAACAGCGCUACCCGGGUCAAUUAUCAACAUGGCUUAGUCGAAGUAAGAGAGCAGAUCUGUCAGAAAAGAAGAGCGACUUACGUGUGUGUGAUGCUACUACGUGCCGUUAUGAUGGGACCUGUCGAGACAAUGGUGCUGACCUCAAAUGCGUAUGCCAGUUUCAGUGCCCUAAGAACUACAUCCCCGUGUGUGGUUCUAACGGAGACACCUAUCAGAAUGAAUGCUAUCUGAGACAGGCAGCCUGUACGCAGCAGAGACCAAUUUCUCUGGCCUCUGAGGGCACCUGCUAUCCUGACAGCAGCUCGGGAUCUGGGGAUGGAGAAUAUGAGGGAUCAGGCACAGAUUCGGUCAAGAAAGUCACAAAAUGCAGCAGCUGUAAGUACGGCGCGGAAUGUGACGAAGAUGCCGAGGACGAAGACUCCUGUUCGUGUAAAAUCGACUGUAGUGGGCAUAAUGAGAAUCCUGUAUGCGGUACAGACGGAAACUCGUACCACAACCCCUGCCUUGUGCGAGAGGCUUCCUGCAUGAAGCAGGAACAGAUAGACGUGAAACAUCUGGGGAGAUGCCCAGAUAAAGACAAAGGCAAAAAAACUGAUGCUGGAAUUCCCUACAAGCCUGAAUUUACCGACCCAGCAAAAGCUGGUGAUGGAAAAGGAUACGGUUGGAUGCCUGUCCCCUGCACAGAUGACUACGCUAACUUCUGCGUUCAUGGCCAGUGUGAAUUUAAUUAUGGUAUCGCCUCCUGUCGGUGUGAUUCAGGCUACACGGGGACACAGUGUGAGGAGAUCGCAGACUUUAACAUCCUGUAUGUGGUACCCAGUGGUCAGAAACUUCAUUAUGUGCUUAUAGCUGCUAUCAUUGGAGCUGUGCAGAUUGCCAUUAUUGUGGCAGUUGUAAUGUGCAUUACCAGGAAAUGUCCGAAGAAUAAUCGUGGAAGACGACAAAAGCAGAACUUGGGACAUUUUUCAUCAGACCCCUCUUCAAGGAUGAUGUAGCUUGUUUUUAUUUUUAUACUUUUUGUACCGAGUGGAUUACAUUUUUAAUGUAAUUUUUUUGUUUUGGGCUUUCUUGACUGGACAAUAAGGUUAUUUUCGAUUACAUUUUAUUUGAUUAUUUUAAUGGAUGGUGACUUAUUGUUUUCUAUUUUCAGGACAUUUUAGGUACUUGAUGUCAGUGGCAAACACUGUCAAAUGAAUGACAAAAGCCAGCUCCUUUUUGUCGAGUUUGUUUUUGUUGUUGUUGUAUUUUUCUUAGUUUGUGGUACCAUUUUUCACGUAUUGUUAAAUGUAACUCUCGGGACACAAACUGUACCACAAAAAUAGAGGUCCUUUUUUUUUCUUGGAAUGGAAUGUGCUUCUAACUGAAAAUAUUAACUCUUAGCUCUGUCUUUAACCCCAUUUGAUUUAUUUAAAUUUGAUUUACUUAAAUCAAACACAGCUGAACACCAAAUUUAAUUGGACAUGCUCAAGCGCGCCGACAAAGUGAUGACGUUUACAGUUUCUUUUGAGAGUAAUUCCAGAGAAUGAAAUGCAACGUGUUUGACUAGCUAAUUUGAUCAAUGUUGAAAUGUUUGUAGUUUUUAUGUUCUAAUGUUAUCGGUGUUGUUAAUGUUGAAACAGUCAUUAUUGUUAUUAAUUUAAUUCUACAAACUGCAUAUCGCAUGACCUGUGAAACUGUGUCCAGUGAUGUAGAUUUAAUAAAAUUAAAUUCUCAGUCUUACACAUUUUUUGUCACCUGUACACAAUUAUCACAUUUACAAGUUGGAAGAAUGUGUAACUUCAUGAUAGGACAAUUAAUGAUUGAACAAACAGAACGUUUUUGUAUCCGUCGUUACAAUAUCUUCAUUACGAGAAUCAUGGAGUAUCAUAGUUAUCAAUCAUCCUAAUUUUAUUCUUAUAUACAAAGCUCCUUGUUCUAUUAAAUGUAUUGCUGUAUGUCUCACUAC